GGCCACGGACAAGCCAAUGCGCGCGUCGAUGUACGCCUCCAACAAGGUACUGACAUACAUCAUACAUAUGUAUAUCAAAGUGCACGUAUACCCGGCGGACUCGGCUAUUUGGCGAUCAGAGGAGACACAGUGUGGCACACCUACACAGCCCGCGGCUUUGCAUUCUCAUCACACCAGACCAGAGGCUAUUGGCAAUAAGGUUCCCCUACUAGUGGUUUGGCCCGAGCAGUUAUCCAUGUGCCGCGGCCCGUCCCUUAGUAGGAUUGCUACUUUGUCUCGAGCAUCAUGCCAUAUUGCCCUCAUCUCCAAGUCGGGUGUUACGGCCGGUGCUAGGUGACUAGCAGGUGCGGCAUGACAGAAAGUUGAGUUUGAUCUAUUGUAUCCUAUCACAAUCCAAGAAUAGACAGUGCCUCGGCC